UAGGAUUCUUAGUGCCCAUUCCAGCCGAUCACCAACCCUGAAUCAGAAGUCUGUAAAACUUAAAAGUAAUUUCAUAGAGAAAGAGAGAGGUGUGUGUGUUCAUCAGCUAGGGUUUCGUUUGUAAUUAUCCAGUUUAGCAAAGAAGAUCAGUAACAGCACAAAAAUGUGGCCUUUUUGGUGGAAAGGAGCAUCUGGCUUCUCAGCUCAUUCCACAGCUGAAGAAGUCACUCACGGAAUCGAUGGUACUGGUCUCACCGCAAUUGUCACAGGAGCAUCAAGUGGUAUUGGAGAAGAGACAACUCGUGUUCUUGCUCUUCGCGGUGUUCAUGUCGUAAUGGCUGUAAGAAACACAGAUUCUGGUAAUCAAGUCAGAGCAAAGAUACUUAAGGACACACCCGAAGCUAAGAUUGAUGUAAUGAAGCUAGAUCUUAGCUCAAUGGCUUCCGUCAGGAGCUUUGCAUCACAAUACAAGUCCUUGGACCUUCCAUUGAAUCUUCUCAUUAAUAAUGCAGGGAUCAUGGCAUGUCCCUUCACGCUUUCAAGCGACAACAUCGAGUUACAGUUUGCAACCAAUCAUUUGGGUCAUUUUCUGUUGACGAACCUUCUUUUGGAUACGAUGAAGAAAACAGCUAAUGAAAGCAACAGUGAAGGAAGGAUUGUCAUUCUCUCAUCUGAAGGUCAUCGAUAUGCUUACCGGGAAGGGAUUCGUUUUGACAAAAUAAAUGACGAAGCAAGUUACAAUACUAUUCAAGCAUAUGGGCAGUCAAAGCUAUGUAACAUAUUGCACGCAACUGAGCUCGCUAGGCAGUUCAAGGAACAAGGUGUGAAUAUCACUGCCAAUUCACUUCAUCCCGGAUCCAUUAUGACCAAUCUGUUACGCUACCAUAGCUUCAUAAAUACACUUGGCAACGCGGUGGGCAAGUUUGUGCUUAAAAGUAUCCCACAGGGAGCUGCAACCACAUGUUACGCAGCGCUACAUCCUCAAGCAAAGGGAGUGAGUGCGGAGUACUUGAUGGACAACAACAUAUCUAACCCUAAUUCUCAGGGUAAAGACACAGAUUUGGCCAAGAAACUAUGGGAGUUUAGUUUGACUCUAACUGGUGAAGAAGAAUCAUAGAUUUGUUUGCAAAGUACAGUCUUAAAGAAAAGAGUUCUGGUGUGAAUGUGGGAGCAUGAAAUGAUAUGCUGGUUCAGUUGUGAAGACAAAGUUUUCUCCUUUUUAUUUGAAUAAAAAGUUUGGUACAUAUAUAAUA